UGCCAGGCCUCCUCAGUAGAGUUCCGAGUCGCCGGCCUCCGCGCCCUGCGUCAGCCCCUCUCUAUGGAUCGCCGAUGCGGAUGGGGCUGGGGGGAAGAUGGCUCUGUCUAGGGGGCUGCGGUGCUGCCAGCGGGUGCUCGCCUGGGUGCCGGUCGUUAUCAUCACCCUGGUGGUGCUCUGGUCCUACUACGCCUACGUGUGCGAGCUCUGCCUGGUGACUCUAACCAAUCCCGUAGAACAAGUGGCCUACCUCAUGGUAUUCCAUGUCAUCCUUGUGCUCUUUGUGUGGACAUACUGGAAGUCUGUUUUUACUCUUCCGCUGCAGCCAGAUAAAAAGUUCCAUAUGUCCUAUGCUGACAAAGAGCGCUAUGAAAAUGAAGAGAGACCGGAGGUGCAGAGGCAGAUUCUUGUCGAAAUUGCAAGGAAGUUGCCAGUGUACACAAGAACGGGGAAUGGAGCUAUUCGAUUCUGUGAUAGAUGCCAGCUAAUCAAACCUGACCGUUGUCACCACUGUUCUGUUUGUGCUAUGUGUGUGUUAAAAAUGGAUCAUCAUUGCCCAUGGGUGAAUAACUGCGUUGGAUUUUCUAACUACAAAUUCUUUCUACUGUUUUUAAUGUAUUCUUUGUUGUAUUGCAUGUAUAUUGCUGCAACAGUCUUCAAGUAUGUCAUCAAGUAUUGGACAGACGAAUUGACCAAUGGACGUUCCAAGUUCCAUGUGCUUUUCCUUCUUUUUGUGGCAGUCAUGUUCUUUGUAAGCCUGAUGUUUCUUUUUGGCUACCACUGUUGGCUUGUCAGUAGAAAUAGGUCUACUUUGGAGGCGUUCUCAGCUCCAGUGUUUCAAAAUGGCCCAGAUAAAAAUGGAUUCAAUCUGGGCUUCGUAAAGAAUCUUCAGCAAGUGUUUGGAGAGGAAAAGAAGCUGUGGUUACUACCUAUUGUAUCCAGCAAGGGUGAUGGACAUUUCUUCCCUAUGAGAACGUUAUGUGAAGCUCAGAAUCCACUGCUAGCAAACGAAGAACAGUGGGGAGACGAUGGAUUAGAUGAAGAGAACCCUGGAGGAGCUCUGCCCCUACAAAUAAUUGGACUUGCAGUUUUCCACCAACAAGUUGCAGGCAGAAAUGGUUACCAUGAAGGUUCAUCUCUUGCCAUAGAAAUGGAGACAUAGCGGUUUACAAAUCUGGUGGUACAAAACUCACUCAUUCAGCUUCCUUCUCAGGAGUCAGCAUCUUCUCUUUGCACAGACUUCAGAAUUGAAGGUCAGGAAGCAAAUGGAUCUUCAGGAUAAGAAAACAUCAUGAAGUAUUAUCUGAUUGGAAUCCUAGACCGAUUGUCCAGAAUACCUGCUGGUCAGAUCUUUCAGGGCUUUACAAGUUAAUGUCUGGGUGGAGCAUUUUCAUAGAGAGUGGGCCAGGGAAGACUGGCCUGGAUCAUUCCCUUUUAAUAGAUACAAUUAUAUAUAGAUAUAUAUUAUCUGUAAUAGGUGAAAAGUGUUGGUGUAAUGCAUUUCCACAGUCCUUUCCAUUGCUGCAAACAUCAGGCACUCUAAAUCUAAAAAUACGUCAAGUCUUUAUGUUCCCAGGCAGGCUGUUUAUCUUGGGCCUGAUUCUUCAGUCUUUACUCACAGUGAGCA